UGUCAAAGAUGGCGCUCGACAUGUCACGAUGAAGCUGUAGCAGACUGCUAGAGUAUGUUUAAUGUCUUUAAGGAUAUAAGGUCUCCCCAGACGUUAGUUAGUUUACUGACCGAAGUUUUGUUUUAGUUAAUGAGGUGGACACAGCUGAGGAGGAGGAGAUGGCUCUGAGUGAAUUAAAUCGCGGUGUUCGGCAGUUGUUAGGUCAAAUUCAGCGGUGUCGCCCGGUUGUAGCCACACAUCAGUCAGCUCGGUGUCUGAGCCAAGCAGCCUCUCAGCCGAAGCCCAGCGCGGACGAAAAUGAAGCCGUUAACCCGACCUUUGUGAACAGAAACCCCCGGAACCUGGAGCAGAUGGCUCUGGCUGUGAAGGACCGGGGCUGGAGGACGACCUGGCCCCACCGGGAGUUCUACCACAGGUUGGAGUUUUCUCGCACCCAGCAUCACGUGACGGCACAGGUCUUCUCCAGCAGCUCUCCUGUCCCAGUGUUGACCUGUUCAACCAGGGAGUGGGCACUGAAGAAGGAGCUGGUUUCCACCAGGAGUGUGGUAGCUUGUCAGGCUGUGGGCGACGUGCUGGCGCAGCGUUGUAAACAAGCUGGCAUCACCAGGAUGGUGUACAGGGCCAUUCCCUGGACGUUUCGCUCUGAUGCUGUUCAGUCUUUCAGGGCAGCAAUGAAAGCAGGAGGAAUCACCCUUAGCGAACCUAGAAGGAAAUACGUCGGAACCUAAAUUUAGGUGUCAUCUAUCACUUUAUUUUGUAAAAAUAUCCUCUGUAAACCUUACUACAUCUACUCUGUUGUGAAUUAUCACUGUACUGAUACGGUGAAUUGCAAUAUAAAGAGAAUCAAAAUGAGUGCUAAAAGUAAGGUAGCUUGUCCCUGUGCUUUGUCUCUUGUCGAUAAAUUGUUUCUGAACAUGAGCAUUUCUCCUCAGACGUGUCGUUCAAUCAAGAAACAAAGUGGUUGGUUUGAAGAUAAUCAUUUAUUUUUCACUCAUAGUGCUUAUUGUAAACAAGAGUGAGGUGCAGA